AUUGUUUUUCUCCUGACUGACUUGGUGAUGUCACGCUUGAACUAAAGUGGCAGGUCGAGUGACACAGAUUUGUUCUACGUCUUAUUUGACUCCAUGUUAACGUUAAUGGAUUUCUGCGACUCAGUGAGAUGGUUACACGUUUUCCUGCUUCCAUGAGACGACGACCUCAAACACAGGUUAAUGAGAAGGGAGAGCAUAGACCUUAUAUUUCUCUGGAUGUCAUAAACUCUUAUGACCUGACAGAAUGAGUCAUAGAUGUACUCCAAACAUCUUGGGGAAAGUAAACAGAUCAUAUCUGUUGUGGCAAAGACAUGGUGGCAAGUCAACAGCAUCACUUCCAUUGUUUGGUACCUCUCACUGUAGGAUUCAUGCACAGCAACCUGGUUGCUACAAGGCCAAUCGUCUCAUCUGGAAGCGCUCCCACCACCAGAGGAGCAGGGCUCGUAAAGGGUGGCCCUGUAAAGCCAACCAGGUCAGACAAAGUCUCGGACUCCACACCAGCAGCCCGUAUUUGAACACGUCAGCCUCACGUUGGACGGCUGGUCUGAGCCAACACAUGUCACGGGUCAGGAACACGUUGGACACAGUUUCUAAAGCUGUGAGUGGGACACACACACAACUUCUCUCCAAAUUUACCAGACUAAAACCAAACUCUUUAAAGGCUUUGAACAAGGCUGAGGUCAGUGUUGAGCCAAAGCCAAAAGCUGAGGAGAGUUCAAUCACAGCUACUCCUGCUCCCAACAGUGCUGCUCCUCCUUCUACAACCACUACACUCAAACCUAUCAUCAACUCAUCCUCUGGAAGUCCCUCUGUUCCUACAUCUGCUGCUGCGUGUGAUACAGGUGCUACUACCUCCACUCAUUCUCACAAUUUCACGCCUGCGACCAUUGCUGCUGCAGUUGUGACUGGGCGAGAACUUAAGGAGAGAAGAAUAAAGCGUGUCGUUCCUCCUGUCAAAGCCAGUUCUUCCAUUUUUAAGACCGAGGAGCCUAAAGCUUCAUUGAGCGACUUGGAGAACAACAGCACAACUCCCAAACAACCCACAGCACUUUUCCAUCCCAGCACCUUUUCCGUCAGCCUGGACGAGACGUACAACUACCUGGCCAAUCACAUCAACACAUACUUUGGCAGCAGUACAAAGACUCAGGACAAGAAAGUGGACAAUGUUGACUGUCCCACUGCUUCCUCUCAGGGUCAACAAACUUUUGACCUCAUGCAAGUGUCUGAUAAAAGAGGCUCUGCUGCUCCGGUUACUCCUCCUUCUUCUAAGAAGGGUUUAGGACACUACCUGUCAUACUCCGCUCCCACUGUACAAGCCUUCGUUGGCAGCUACAUUGCUCCCCUGGUCCCCAAAUUCAGGUCAGCAGAGUCCAAGGCUGCUGCAGUGGAGGAGAGGAAGAUUGAGGAUGCAGCAGUGAAACAGGUUGAGGCCACUGUUAGUAAGGAGCAGAAGGCCGCAGAGGAGAAAGCCAAGAAGCUUCUACUUCAAAGGGAAAAGAUUAUUGCCAGGGUGAGUGUGGACAAUCGGACUCGGGGUCUGGUCCAGGCUCUGCACAGGGCAUCAGAUGUUAGGGUCUACAUCAACAGGGUGGAAGACCUCAGCUACCAUCUCUUGGAGUUUCCAGAGACUCGUGUUGUUGCUGUCAAGGAGAGGGUCAUCCCUUGCCUCCUGCGUCUGAAGCAGGCCACUGACCCAGGCUUGAGGGCAGCAGUCAGAGAAGCUCUUGCUCUGGUUGGCUAUCAGAAGCCUGUUAAAGGUCGAGGUAUACGGAUCCUUUCUAUUGAUGGAGGAGGUUUGAGGGGACUUCUCGCACUUCAGACUUUACAGAAGCUGGAAACCUUGACCGGCAAACCCAUUUACAAACUGUUUGAUUAUAUCUGUGGUGUCAGCACAGGUGCUAUCCUAGGGUUCAUGCUAGGUGUCUUCCAAAUCCCGCUGAACGAGUGUGACGACAUUUACCGGAAGUUGGGCUCAGAUGUUUUUAAGCAGAACGUCAUUGUCGGCACAGUGAAGAUGGGCUGGAGCCACGCAUUCUAUGAUAGUGAAGCCUGGGAGAACAUCCUCAAAGAGAGAAUGGGUUCUCACCUCUUGGUGGAGACUUCAAGAAACGCUGAAUGCCCCAAGGUGGCAGCAGUUAGCACCAUUGUGAACCGGGGCACGCCACUGAAAGCUUAUGUGUUCAGAAACUACAACCUGCUACCUGGGGUGCGAUCACAUUACCUUGGCGGCUGCCAGCACCAACUCUGGCAGGCGAUCCGAGCCACGUCAGCAGCUCCUGGGUAUUUUCAAGAGUUCGCCUUGGGCAAUGAUCUCCACCAGGAUGGAGGUCUGCUGAUUAACAACCCCACAGCACUGGCUGUCCAUGAGUGCAAGUGUUUGUGGCCUAACACACCCUUGGAGUGUGUGGUCUCGCUCGGCACAGGUCGCUUUGAAAACCCCGGCAAGAACAACACCACCUACACGAGUCUGAAAACCAAAAUCACCAAUGUCAUCAGCAGCGCCACCGACACUGAGGAGGUUCACGCCAUGCUCGACGCCUUUCUACCUCCUGACACGUAUUUCCGCUUCAAUCCCUGCAUGAGCCAAGAAAUUUCCAUGGAUGAAAACCGAGAGGAGAAGCUCAACCUGCUGCUGGACGAGGGCGUCCACUACCUGGAGAGGAACAAUGAGAAGCUGAAGAAGGUAACGCGCAUCCUCACCAGAGAGAAGAGCUCCGUCCAGAGGAUGACGGAGUGGGCGAGGCUCAGAGCUGACAUGUAUAAUGGUCUCUCCUUUAACUCCUCUAAGGUGUAGAUCCAUCGUAAGCCACCUUUACUUCACAUGGAAAUAUGUCCUUUUAUUCUAAAUUGCCUAGAAUAGGUCUUGUCACCAUGAUUAGUGUGCCAGAGUUGUUGACUCCUUGUAGCUAGACGAACAUUGUGUAAACACACAAGUAGAUAAUGUAUCGAACAUGCCAACACUACCUUCCUCAUCACUCACACUUUAACAGUUAGGUGAGUUUCUUUUAUUUUUUUGGGGCAGAAAAAAAGCAUGUUUUUACCUCUGUGGUUUGGCAGCUUUCAACUUACUGUCGCUUUCAAAGACGAUGUGUCAAAGGAUAGGCGGAUUUGGGAAAUCCCUGAGAGCCUCACAAGUAAAUGCAUGUUGAUGAUUAAAGGAAGAGUUUAACAUUUUGGGGCAAUGUGCGUGUUCACUACCUUGCCAAGAGUUUAGAUGACGAGAUCAAUACCACAUUCAUGUCUGUACAGUGAGUAUGUAGCUGUCCAAAGACUUGCAGAUCGGGGAUUAGGUUGAUUGGAGAUUUUAAAUUGGCCGUAGGUGUGAUUGUGAAUGGUUGUUUAUCUUUGUAUGUUGACCCUGUGAUGGACUGGCGACCGGAUCAGUGUCAGCUGGGAUUGGCUCUAGUUCCUCCGCGACCCUCAAAGGUUAAGCCUUAUUGAUACGAGAUGUAUGUGUGUGAGUAUGAAGCUGCUAGCUUAUCUUAGCACAGACUACAAAUGGGGGGGGGGCAGCCAGCCUGACUCUAUCCUGAGCAGUCAGGCUAAGCUAACCCAACCAGCUGUGUACAGAUGUGAGACUGGUAUCGACCAUCGUAUCUAACUUUCAGCAAAAAAACUGCAUAUUUAAGAAGUAAGUACAUUUCCUAAAUGGAAGUCAAAAUUUGAAUUGAAUAUGUGAACUAAAAUGUUGAUCCUCCCCUUAAAAUAGCAUAAAAUACUGUAAGAUUUUACAGUAGCAUCAAAGACUGUUUUAUCCCAAAGCACUUUUGAACAAUUUUCUUUCCUUUGGAAAAUUUGUUAUGAAAACAUAUACAUCAACCUGUGUUUGUACAGAAGAAAUAUGUAGAUGGGAUAUAUGUUAUUUAAAAGAUGUAUCUGUUAAGCUUUGCCAACACAUAAAAACAAGAAUGUAAAGAAAGAACAAGACAGGAAAAAUGAAUGGUCUAAUCAAGGUCAAUAAUUUCACAGUUGAAAUGACUGAAAUUUGCACAUUUAUUAAUACGUCAACUGGUCAACUAUGUGAUUGCAUAGUGAUCGAUGUAACAGCUGUACCACUUCAGUCAUUACUGUAUUACUCAUGUUAUAUUUAGAUUUUACGCAUAAAGACAGUUUCUAUGGGUGUACGUUGCAAAAAUUUGCUCCAAUUUUGAUUUUGAAUUCAUCUGUAAUUAGUGAUAAUAAUGAUGAUGUCUAAA